AUGACCUACACUGAGUUGUUUCCUACUUUGAUUCGGAAGAAUUUGGUUCAGACAAGGUCGCCUCCUCCAGUUCUAGAGAAGAUCCCUUGGUGGUACAAAGCUGACGCUAUUUGUGCUUUUCAUCAAAACGCCCCUGGACAUGGUUUAGAGGAUUGCUGGCCUCUGAAAGUUGAGGUUCAAAGAUUGGUACGCGCUGAGAUACAUGAGAAGUUUGUAAGAAAAGGAUUGAUUAACUUUAACCACUAUGACGGCCCUGUGUGUAAGAAGGAUCCUCUAGGAUGUGUUGAUGUCCAAAUUCUAAUAGGUCUGAGACUUUUAGACGAUGAAAUGACAGAAGACCAGGCUUAUGUGGAUCAUGAUGUGACGUUGGAUCAGUUUAAUGGAGUAGUGAGUAAUAUUACAGCAUGUAAUAACUUGAGUUUCAGUGACGAGAAUUUUCCCAAAGAAGGAAGUAAUCAUAACUUGGCGUUGCAUAUCUCUGUUGGUUGUAAGGAUGAUUCGCUGUCGAAUGUGCUAAUUGAUAGUGGUUCUUUACUGAAUGUUAUGCCAAAGUCUAAUCUUGUUGAGCUAUCCUAUGGAGGAACUUCAAUGAGAUACAACAAUGUGAUAGUGAAAGCUUUUAAUGGUUCGAAGAAGUCCAUAGUUGGGGAAGUUGAUUUACAUAUUCGUAUUGGACCUUUCACUUUUCAAGACACUUUUUAA